AUGACGCGACUACAAGAUAAUGAGACUCUAUUGAUAGAGCCGCAAGAAGACGGUCACUACGAUGAAACAAUCGAGGAACGAUGCUUCUCUGCUGCCCUCAUCUGCCUUGAAGGGCACUAUACCCAAUCCCCUCCCAUGGGACCGCACACAGCAGCCAAAGUGAGCUCUAUGAUCAACAAAACACUAGAAAAGACACACACUUUCCGCAAGGCUCGCGAGGCCGUCUCGAGAAAUGUGGCGAUUUGGAUCUGGCUCACAAGGAUUUUUGCGGCUGCUAUUCCCAGUCUCACUACAAGAUCCGUGGGACCCUUAUCAAGCCUCAAUGAUCCAGAGAAAGGCGUCACCCCGCAAGAGAGCACAGCCUUGAUCGUCAUGAACCAUGUGACGAUAAGAGAAGAUCUCGAAACUCUCAUCAAGUUGAUGCACAUCGCGCGCAACUUGCUUGUCAAUGCAGAGCCUGAAGUGCCCCAGGAUAUCUGUGCUGCGGUCCAUUUUGACCAAAUGGUCUACCAAACUAUCAUCCUCUGUGUCAACGUUACAAGCAAAGGUUAUGAUGGAGAGAUCCUCGACGAGGCACAGAGGAUAAAAUUAGGCGGCGUUACAGAACUAUACAAAAAGCUACUUGUGACAUCGUUACAACAGGCACAUAACUGGACAGCGAAACAUGACAGGAACAAAAUGUCAUUCUGGUUUGACGUUCUCUUUGACGACGAUGGCGCGCUUUCAUGUCGCGAUGAGAAUCCCAGCGAUACUUUAGGCUUCCAACCAGAAGAAGCCAAGAGACAGGUCCAACACUGGCUGGAUAGGAAUUCCAAGCUGUGCGACACUGCGAGGAAACUUCUUAAGGAUCAUGCCCAGAACCACGCAGAUAAACCACCAGGAAACCUUGCUCCGAUCCGACCGUUGGCCUGGAACUGGCUCCCAGACGGCUCUGUCGACGUUCCUGGAGACGUGACCAACACUGACGAGAAGAUCAACCCAGUGUGGAAGCCAGAUGAGACGGAUAAAUUCGAGCAAGAUCGUGCUUACGGUCGCGUCUCAAGGGAGAUCGAUACCUGGUGGUUGAAUGCUCGCGACCCCAAUUAUGAUGAAUGGAAUGUCCCAAUGCCUUCUGUGGAGUUCGCGCAGACUCGUCUUGAGCAUUGCCGUAACAACCUCGUUCAUCAGUACGCUCACUCUUGCGGUACAGAUCGUUCGCCGCCUCCGGGUGUUGUCGAGGAGGAACAGCUAUCAGACCACGAACAUUGCCAUCACUGCGAGCACGAUGACUACGACCAUACUCACGAAUGCAACCAUGAUCACGAGCACGAUCAUGACCACGAAGACGACCAUGAAUGCGAGUGCGAAUGCGAUCAUGACCAUGACCAUGACCAUGAACACGACCACCAUCAUCAUCAUCACCACCACCAUCACCACCAUGGUCACGAGUAUGCUCACGACUAUGUGGAAGAUAUAAUGGACGAUGAAGAUGUCGAUGAUGACGAAUCCUACGGGGAGGGGCCGUUGACGGGACUACUUACUGAGGUGCCCAACAUCCUAGACCCCAAACAGAUUGAGGCUUUGCACAUGAUCGUCAAGUCAUGCAUACUUGACAAUGCUGGCUCCGGCUUGACUCGUGCGGGUGAGAACCUGCAAAAGACGCGCUGCCGAAUGUUCCUGGCACUUGACUGCGGAAAGAGCCUACUGCGAGAGAUGCUAGUGUUCAUUGCCGUCUGGGAAAAGGAUGAGCAGUCACUGAUCUUCCAGGUGACAACUCAGAUCGUGGAGGCUCUUCAUCACAGCGCUUUAAUUCCAUAUGCGUGGAACUCUUUGCGCAUAGCAAAGGACAUCAUCUCACCAGCACAGACAGUUCUCCUGCGACUUGUCAACCAUAUGUUCAGAGCUCGAAUCAACAACGCGGCUUCUCAGGAAAACAAGGACAAUGCUCGCGACAUCAAGCUUGUGCACUUCUUCCUGAGCUUCUUCCGAACCCGCAUCGUCCCAGAGUGCGCUGCCUUGAUGCACCUCCAGGCUCAGAUUCGUGAAGAGAACUUUGAUCCUUCCGAAUUCCCCGUGGACAGCUGGGAUAUGGAGCGUGCUAAAGAUGGCUUAGCUCAAUACCUUGACUUCCUCACAACAGUUGCCGAGACGAUGGACACUCGGGCGAAGCUCAUUGAAUGGGAGGCUGUCUACGACCUCAUCACCAUUCUGAGUGGACUAGAGGCCGGAGUGCCCAAGAAGCCUCUAAUUGAACUCCCGAAGCGAUCGCCACGAAGCGAAAACAGCGGCAACCCUAUGGUCGAGCGACCCUAUUCAUCCGCAGACGACGGCAUUCCACCUUCGCCACCACCCCCUCCUCUGCAAGAGCCAGCUCAUAAGUUCCCCUGGUCCGGAAUCAAAGGACAGAUCUUUACUAUCAUUGCUACUCUCCUACAACCACCCCCUGGUCAGAGCAGUCCAGGUAACCCCGACGUGCAGAUGCAGAUGGUCAAGUACAACGGAAUCGUGCCUCUACUCAACUGCUGUGCUUACGACGACCACAACCCUUUUGCCAAGGAACGAGUGACAAUUUGCCUCAAGUGGUUGCUGGAUGGAUGCGAAGCUGCCAACACCUUCUUCCGAGAGCUUGUCAAUCUUUCACCUCCGCCCAACCUGCGCCCCCCACCCGGUGGUACGACUGUCUCGACGAUCAGAGUCGAUGGCAUCGAAGGCGACGUCAAGGUGCAGGUCCGCUCAAGUACGGCCGGUCCAAGCGAGCAGGAAACAAGCGAUAUUGUGGAUGGAGCUGGAAGAAUCGAUCUGAGCCAACCAAGUGGACGAGGCAGCAUCGAGGAUGAUUUCAUGGCAUAA